AUGGCAACCGUCAACCUCGCCCACUCCCAAGUUCUGACUCGCUCGAGGACCCUUCUCUUCUUAUCUUUUCGUGAUACUCGGUCUUCCUCAGUCUAUCCACCACGACUUUCUCGAUCUAAGGGUAAACAGCGGCAAACAGAUGAUGUUGAACAAGAGGCUCUCUUGCAUAACGAAGAUGACACAACAGCUAUAGAUAUAGAAGACUCGAGUGCUCUGCCACCUCGAUGGGUUGAUUUCGUCGAAGAAGUUGAGGAGCUUGUAGACCAGAUUAGGCCGAAAAUGGUCCAGCUCGACAAGUUGACCGCAAAGCAUGUCCUUCCGGGUUUCACGGAUCGAUCAUUUGAAGAACGUCAGAUCGAAGAGCUGACUACUGAAAUCACCCAGGGUUUCCGAAAAUGCCAACUACUCAUAAGAAAAAUCGCAGACUGUGGCCAAGACAUCGAGGCAUACAUUAUCAAUCGUUCCAGAACUCAGAAGUCACAGACUGGCCAGUCAAAGUACACCACCCGAGACGUGACGGUCGUCAAAAACGCUCAAAUCGCUGCUGCAACCAAGGUGCAAACCCUCAGCUCUUUGUUUCAAAAGCGGCAGCGAGUUUAUCUCCAACAGCUCAAAGGAUACGAGAAACCGGCACAACAUGAGAAUAACGGACUUUUUGCAAUUGAAGAUGAUACCGAGCAGUCAUCUUCUCUCCAAAACGGCUUCAUUCAAGGGAAUGACUCUGGCCAACAGCAGCAACAGCUUCACUCACGCCAAUCCGUCCACCAUGGAGUAAAUCAAGACGUCGAACAAAGAGCCAAGGAGAUUGAUGGAAUCGCUAAGUCGAUUUCUGACCUUGCGGAUAUGUUCAAAGACCUCGGGAACCUGGUCCUUGAUCAGGGCACCUUACUUGAUCGCAUUGAUUAUAACGUCGAGCAAAUGAGCACCGAUAUCCGGGGUGCAGCUCAGGAGCUCAAAACAGCUACAGAGUAUCAGAAACGGUCGGGAAAAUGUCGCAUAAUAUUUUUACUAGUUCUCCUUGUUUUUGCUGCAGUGCUAGUGCUUGUAUAUAAACCCCGCCAUUCUACUCCUAAGCAAGUCGACUCAGUAUCUGGCUCUGUGGCGCUGGAUUCUUCAAGUCAAGCAAAUACGAACUCACCUACAACCAGCCUGAGGUCUCGUUCCGAUGCGCCUACGACUUCAACCGAUCGAGAAAGGCGGAACUGUGGCCGAUGGAAGCCUUGCUAA